AGUAUGCUCCAUCUGCUCACCUGAGAGGCCGACGCUGCUGUCAGGACCGGACACUAGUGGACACCUGCGAGCGUACCUGUUGCCAGGUGGACCUGAGGACGGAUGAGCUGAGAGAGGAGAAGGAUGGGGAGACGGAGGCUGCUGCUGUGGAUGCUGCUCCUUCUCUCCCACUGGGACAUCAGUGGCCCGAGUCCCACCAUCGCCUCCCUCCCAGACACAGGAGUGCUAUGGACACCGGACUCUUCUGGACUCCUGCGGCUCGGGCCGACUGGGUCGCCGACCCGCCAGCGUAGACAAGCCCUGUUCCCCAGUGGGGUUAAACUCUGCCCUCAGGAGACUUUAGAGGAGAUUGUGGAGAGCCACCGCAGCUACUUCCACUUGAGAGUGUGUCAAGAGAUGGUAUGGGAGGCGUUCACCAUUUUCUGGGAUCGUCUCCCAGAAGGUGACGAGUACCAGGUUUGGGUGCGUCGCUGCGUGGACGGGGCUGUUGGUGUUGGGGACAUCAGCGCCUUCUUCAGCCAGUCAGAGGAGCACAUGGGGGUGGUCAGGACUAGGGUUACUAUGACGACGACCGCCAGCAGCGCUGCGGGGACCCAGACGCCUUGCCGCUGCACCUCGACCACCGUCCACACAGAAGAAUCCACACAAGGUUCAAGCUCAGAUGCAACGCCGGCUGAAGGUUCCCCAUUUGUUUCCGAGGUUGCUUCUGACCAGCUGUCUCACACAGUCACCCACAAUCCCAUUGGUGGUGAAGUUCUGGUCUCUGAUGACCCAGGGCCAUCUAAGGUUCCGACAGCUGCCCUGGUCACUUCGAAGUCUGUUGACUCAUCAGCUCCUCAGCCAGAACACGGACCAAUAAAAAUCCCUCUGACUCCAGAGCCACGGUUACCAGAUGACCUCCUGACUGUUCUCCCACGGACAGAUCCCGUCCCAACACAGUACUCCACGUGGACCAUGAAGGACCACCCUCUAAAGACUGAGGAGGUGCGCUCUGAUAAUGACGAUUUGGGGAGAAUUGUACCAAAACCAGAACACCACCCCCAGGAGAAAGAAGGGGAUGAAAAACACACAGACGGUCCUGAAGCAUCCCCACACGUUUCUAAAGAACCAGCCACUGUCCAACCAACCCUUUCUAAGAAUCCAACAAGGAAAUCCACAGAGAGGCCCCAAUUAGAAGAAGAACAUAAAGAUGAAGUGGAACCUCCGGCAGUCACAGGCACACCUCUUGAGACAACAAAACUUUCAGCAUUUGCUACUGCAGACCCAGGAUUAGAUGAUGUCACCAGACCUUCUCACCCAUUCUUAGAACCAGCAGCAGUAGCAGGUGAGGAACAGUUACCAUCAGAGGAUCAAUCCGAGUCUGAACCUACAGAGGAACCCGGAUCUGUGCAUACUAGCAAAGAGUACGCCGGUGAGACCAACAAUGGGAAUUUCAAUGAUGCGACCGAAAUGCCUCAGGAACCAGAUCAGAGCAUCCUUGGAACCCAUGAUGCCUCCGUAGAGGUUGUCGAGUCGAUCGGUAACGAGAUACAAACAGGAGCAGAUCUGGACCAGAGCAUGCUGCAAGAUCAGGUGGUGGAAUUUAGUGUCAAACUAAGAGGGGAGACCUACAGCGAUGCUCUCCGGGACCCAAGCAGCCACCAGUACCAGCAACUGAGUCGCCAUGUCACUCACAAGGUCCAUGAUGUCUUCCACAAGCUUCCAGGCUUCAAGGAUGUCUUCAUCGUAGACUUCAGACCUCAGAAAGAUCUGGAGAGGGGUCUUGUGGUCUCUGUCCACUACGGUGUCACUUUGCAAGUGGGCAGUGGUGGUAUGUCCAAUGACACCCUGGAAUUUCUGAAGCUGCAGAAUCGCUUGGUGGAAAAGAACUUCACGGGCGCUGGAGAGCAACCCACCAUUGUCUACACCAUCACUGACUUCAGAAACUUCAUCACAGAGGCUCUGCACCAUUCACCCUCCAACAGCUCAGAGAAUAAUCAAAACCUGCUUCCUCCUGUCAAACCACCAAGUCUAACUGAUGGCUCUGCGGAAAUGGGCAAUGUCCUAGCAGCAGAAAAACCACCAGAUUCUUUUCCUUCUGUGGCGACGGACGUGUUCCUAAAAAAAGACGACUUUCUUCUGGACUGGAGCGCUGCUCCCAAUGAGCCCCCGAGUGAGAAUGACGUACUUAUGUUUGAUGAGAGCACCGCAGCCCCGUCUGCUGGCAGCAAGAUGGCUGACUUGCAAAUGCAUGAUCGUGACAGCAAAUUGGUGGAUGAAGGAUUCCUUUUCACUGACGCUGUGGCCACGACUGUUCCUCCGUCACAAUUCAACUAUGAGGUUGUGCUUGAAGACGGGUCAGGCUCUGGCUCCUCUGGAGAUGGGCAGGGUGCAAAUGGGUGGCUACAGCCUUCACAGAUCCUACCUAGUGGCUUGGAAGUCCUGCCACCGCCAGACCUUGAAGAGGAAGAUGGAGAGGAGUUGAUAGAAAAAAUGGAAGAGGGUAAACUUUUUGAGGAUGAGAUGAACACUGAGGAGCUAGUUGGCAUGGAUGACAUUGAAAAAGGGAGGCAGGGGAAAGAUGGUGAAGGCACGGCCACAGGGGACAAAGUUGAGAUUGAGGGCGGCGACAAGAAUGAAGGAGGAGUAAUGCCGGAUUUUGACAGUGAAAAGAUUGUGGCUGCCAGUGAGGAGGUUCAGGAAAGACAUGGCAUUGAUGCCUUGGAAGGGUUGGAAGAAGAAACCAAAGAUGAGGAUUUUGGGGAGAGUGACAAGAUUCUUGGGCUGUCCACAUCCGAGGAAUCAAACCAGCCCAUAUUUUAUGACCAAACCUUUCCAGAUCGGAUUCCUGCAACCCUGCACUAUAGCACUGAUCCGCGCCUCAGUACGACCCCCCUUCCAGUAAUGGUACCCAGCCAGAAUCUUGAAGCCUCUGGGGGUGAAUACAGUGAUCAGACAGAAUCAUUUGACAGUUUCCCCACAAAAACAGCAUCACCUGAUGAGGAGCUGUGGUCUUGGAAGGAACCUGAAGACGCACACAAAAUUGACCAGAGCGUUUUGGAAGAACAAGAAAAUCAGUUUCAUUCUGAGUCACCUGUUACGGUCCUUCCGUAUGGAUACUAUGAUCACCCAGAGGUGGAAGUGAUUGAGGAGCAGCAUCUUGGCAUAUCUGCAAUUCCAAACUCUGGUCGGGAUCUGCACAAAGACCAAGACCAGGAACUGACUGUGGAUCAAGUUAUGGUCAUCAUAACAACAACUUCUUCACCAAUCACCACCUUCUCCCCCACAGCUGGCCAUGUUUCCACAAGCUCACCUCAUCCCUCCCCAAGCCUGAUCCCCGACCCUGAUCCUGUCCUCAGUUGGCCGGAGAGGGAUUCCCCAUUCACCAGAGUAUCUGACUCUGUGCUGGAGGAGGAUGACACAGUUUUUCAGCAGUUUCCGGACCUCCAGGGUGACGAUCUUGCAAGCACACCUCAAUCGCCUGUUUCACCAGUGGCCCCUUGGCACCCAAUACAACCUACACGACAAGAAGACUUACAUUAUAUCAGCACCGUUCAGCCAAACAUCACCUCUGUUGACCCAAGCUUUAGUAUGGAUCAAUAUGAAGGCAGCAUGGCAGUGGAUGGUGAAGGCAGUGGGUUCUCCAGUGAGGUUAGAGGGAAUGAUCUGGGAGCCCAUGGGCAAGACCGUGCCCAAAGCCAGGCAGGUCAGGACCUACUGGUGUUCUUUCGCCUUCGUGUAACCAACAUGAAGUUUUCAUCUGACCUCUUCAACAAAAGCUCACCACAAUACCGGUCUUUGGAGCAACGCUUCCUCCAUCUGCUAGUGCCAUUCUUGGAGUCGAACCUGAACAACUUCCAGAACCUGGAGAUCCUGAACUUCAGAAAUGGGAGUGUCCUGGUGAAUAGCCGAAUGAGGUUUCGAGAGCCAGUUCCAAGGGGUGUGGCUACAGUGGUACACCUGAUACUGGAGGAUUUUGCCGUUGCUGCACACCACACCAUGGAUCUGGACAUUGAUACAUACUCACUGGACGUUGAGUCAGGUAAGGGUGCGGAUCCCUGUAAGUUCCAGGCGUGUAACCCGUUCUCCAAGUGCUUGGUAAACCAGUGGUCCGGCGAGGCCGAGUGCGUGUGUGAUCCGGGAUACGUCAGCGUGGAUGGGCUGCCGUGUCAGAGUGUGUGUGACGCAGACAAACAUUUUUGUCUCAACGAUGGCAAGUGUGACAUCAUCGCUGGGAAGGGCGCCAUCUGCAGAUGUCGAGUCGGGGAGAACUGGUGGUACCGCGGUGAACACUGUGAAGAAUUUGUGUCUGAGCCCCUUGUGGUCGGGAUCGCAAUAGUGUCGGUGGCCGGAUUUCUGACUGUAGCUGCAGGAAUUUUCUACUUGCUCACGAGGGCGCUCCGGGAGCAGGACGAUAGCGAGGACUCAGAAGACCCAGUGAGGCAAGACGACGUGCUGACGGCAAAGCGAUCGAAGAUGCUCAACUCUAUGUAUGAUUGUGAGCCCGUUACAGCUCACUAUUACCAUCGCUAUGAUGAUAGCCUGCCGUCCUACAGAAGCUCUGUGCAGUCCUCCAGUCAGAACACAGCUCUAACGAGAGAGGAGCUCCAGCAGAACCUGAAGAUGAUCGCAUCGCAAGACGAAAACUUUGAUGACUUCCUGAGACACACUCGAGUAUAUUUGGAACGAAGAGGAAGUUCAACAACUUAACAGGAAUAUUUUUAAACUAUGGUUAACAUUGGUGUUUGUUGCUGACUUCUGGAAGUGACCCUCCUGAUCAUUCCAACCAACUCCUUGCAGAGAACAGCCUUCAUCUGCUUGUCACGCCUGUUCCAUGCUUUUAUUUACAUACUGAUGUUUUUUGCUUGAGUGAAACUACAUCUGAUUAUCCUUCUUGCUUAACCUUUCGCUAAUGUGUGCACUUCCGCUGCCGCACAAAGGACAGGUUUGAUCAUUUGUACUCUGUUUUUCCUCAGUUUGCAACACUGCGACUGCCGUCAGUGCCUGUUAGCAUCAGCUAGCACCAGGUAGCAUCUAUUAGCACCGACAUUUUUGAUGAGCGGGGUUGUCGCGCAAAGUUUACAUUUCUUAACCUCACUGGAGCGAUGGAGUGUUUUUAUUCUCACACCAUGUUUUCUUUCUUUAAAAGUCACGCAAAAUGAAAAGUGUUACUAUAAAAGCUUGUAACAUCAGACAAUGCACAAAGGCAAAGCAGUCUUGUUUCUUGGUACGUCAUUUUCAACUUACAUCAAGCAGAACUUACACAAUAUUUAGCUUAUUUAUGUCCAAGUGCAAAAUAAAUACAAUUAUAGGACACGUUGGCUGCUUUGGCGUUGCCUGCUAUUAUAUUAUUAUUAUCCUCAGCCCAGUAUUCUAACCAGUAGGCAUCACUGUGUGGUUCUAAUGUCCACAGAAAUAUCAUCUGAAGCAUUUCCCCGUCACGGCCGCUUUUAUCUAAUGUGAUGUAAAGCAGUCUUAUCCUGUAGCUCAUCAUCAAACUUAAUCUGUGAAUUCACAACAGCACAAAUAUUACUGGGGUCUUGUAGAGAAAGUGUCAUUGUAGUCAUUUAAAAAGUCCAGUGUUAAUGUGGUCUGUUUUUUGGUAGCUAAUAAUAUUUUUUCUGUAAUAAAUUUGUGAUUUUUACAUUGUUGUUGGGUC